AUGUGGACAAUGCCGCCCCAAUAUGGCAUUCCGAAUGCAUUUGGGAUGCCUUAUCAACAAGAAAAUUUCAUGCCGACUGGAUUCUCCAGUAGUUCCACUGAAGUCCCAAGACCUUGCACAACCCUAGAGAAUGCAUUAAUAGAGUGGAAUAGCGAGGGAAAAAAGAAAGGAGGGUUUAAAUGGCUUCAUUGUUGGGAAGUUUUGAAAGAUAAUGCCAAAUUUAAUGGAGCAUCUCACACAUCUCGAGGUGGAAAGAAAGCUAGAAUAAUUGAUACAGGAGAUCACACUUCUGGCUCUGGGCAAGAUGUUGAGCCUAGUGGUGAUGUUGAGGACAAGUAUGUGUGUCGACCAAUUGGCCAAAAAGCAGCAAAGGCAGGAAAGAGAAAGGAAAAAACAACUGCAGGAGGGAGCACCGGUCCAAAUGUUGGACGUCUGUUGGCUGAGAUUGGUGAGGUUAAAGAAAUUCAUUUAAAGAAACAAAAUGAUUUGGAAAAGCUAGUUCGUAUAGAGUCAUAUAAGGCGUACAGAGAAAUGCUAAAGGAGGAUACUUCAACCAUGACAGUAGAAGAAUUGCAAGCCCACCAGGGACUUCUUGCUGUGCUUAAAGAAGAACUGGGUCUCAAAUGA